GAAGAAACUACAUUUCCCAGCAGGCACCGCCAUGUGUUUACGUUAAAUCGUCAGCUCCAGGGACAGAAGGCCGUGAGUGGAGCUUGCCUUUGACGUAUCUUUACUGUUCUGAUGCUCCCGGUGCGCUUGCUUCAGACUCGCAUAAAGACCCCUUGGACGUUGGUCGCUGGGCGUUGUUUUACAGCCCAACCCAACAUGGAAAAGCCAGUGGAGAAGUCUAUCAGAUCCAAGCUGAGUGAAAGUCUUCAACCCUGCUACCUAGAGGUCAAUAAUGAGAGCUACAUGCACGCGGUACCCAAGGGAUCUGAGACCCACUUCAAAGUGGUGGUGGUCUCCGAGAUGUUUAAUGGAAAAACUCUGAUCCAGAGGCACAGACUGGUGAAUGAACUUUUGAAGGAAGAGCUGGCUGGGUCUGUCCAUGCGUUGUCCAUCCAAGCCAAGACUCCUCAACAGUGGGAAGAGAACCCCACUGUUAGCAAGAGUCCGGCUUGCAUGGGUGGUUCCAAGCAUGACCCCGAAAUGAGCAAGAAGAUAAGCACUUCCGCGUAGACUCAUACCAUUGAACUGAGCAUCUACUUACCUAUAUGUUCAUGGAUUGUAUGUACGGUAAUCUAAUGUGACUGCAUGUUCUCAAAUACAUAUUAAUGUCCUUUCUGACUCGCAAA